AUGAAGUUUGAGAAAUUUGAUGAAGAAAGUGUGGACAGAGGGAAAUUUGUGUUGAUUCUGAAUCGUGACGAAAAUACUGAGUCAACCGAAGAUGCUGCUGCAGUUACGAAAGUUGUUUUGGGUGGAGAGGGCGGAGACGAAACCAAAGAUAUCCUUCCGUUGGAUGUUGCACCACGUACCCUUGGAAUUGAAACUGUUGGCGGAGUGAUGACAACGUUGAUUCCUAGAAAUAUUGUUAUCCCUACAAAAAAAAUCCAUGUUUUACCACUUACCAGGAUCAGUAGAUAA